AUGUCAUUCCCAAAUCCACCGACAUAUGAACGUAAGUGUUCUUAUGAACACAAUAGUCAACAGGUAGGACCAUAAAUUUUUCAGAAAUGAUCCCACCACCUUUCAACCCGGAGUACGCCUCCUCUCAACCUGUUUAUCACAUGAAUAACCGCGUCACAGCGCCACCAUACCACUAUCAUGAAAAUCCGGCUUAUGAGAACGUGGUAGACGUGAACUCACCAGGUAUUAGAUGUGAACUAAUGUAAGCUUAUCCAACCUUGAAAUGUUCUAGUCUAUACCACGUUGGCCUCGGGUCCAAUGCCAACAACUACCAUAAUCAUCCGUCUGGAGCAGUUCCCAACCAAACUGCAAUGUCCGUACUGCCGUCAAGAUGUGAGUCAUUAUUCAAACACGCAAAACAAUCGAAUUAUUUCAGAUCGUGACUCAUACAAAGCCCGUCUAUGGUCUAUUAACCUGGAUUCUGUUCGCCGCUCUUUUUCUCUUCGGGUAAGAAGGUCCCAGACCAAUUAGGACUCGCUCGCUUCCUUGUUUUCGUGCUCAUCCAGCCGGGAAAAAUCGACAAUUUCAAUUUCUUUCCCAACUUUUCUUCCUUUUCAGCUGCUGGUGUUGUUGUUUCUUGCCGUUCUGCGUUCGUUCCUGCAAAGACGUGGUUCACCGGUGCCCCAAUUGUCGGGCCAUGAUCGGAAUUCAUCGACGAAUCUGA